CGGAAGUACCGUGAGAAUGCCGUGAGGAUGCGUAUAGCUGGGUCUCACGGUCGUCGGUAUGCAACAUUUGCGGGUUCAAAGUUGAUGCAGCCUUUAGCUUUAACCCUUUCUGGUCGUGUGUUUGAGUAUGAAGAAUAUACACAAGAACAGGGCGUUUAGUUAUUUAUUCAUAUGCGAACUCAUCGCCGCUUACAUGUUCUCUGUAAAGUAGUUUUUGAAAGGGGUGCUGUCCCGAGACUGCGGACGAAAACCGUGCUUUACACGGGGACCGAAUUUUAUCACACAAUAAAUCAAGGGGGUCUGAAUAAGCGGAAGAAUUUGACGGUUCCCAAAAUCAUCAAAGUUUACAGAAAAUGGCUGAAAAUAAACUUAAGGAAGCAUUCAUAAGUAACCUGAAUGGUACCACCAUUACAGAAAUCUCCGUGGGAUUAACUGUGACUCCUCUCUGUAUACUUUGUAGAGGUCUGGUGUUUGUUUUUUAUCAUCAGAUACAUGGUGAGAAAUGCUUUUCGUGGAAAUUUCAUCUCAUCCUUGACUUCUUUCUACUGGUGCUUCCACAUGUCCUGUCCUGCACAGUUCUUUCCGACUAUUUGAUUCUUGUGCCGCUGGUUAUUGCUGGUAUUUGUAUUGUAUUCUUCAUCACUGUAUACAGAACAAGAAAUAACCAUACAGGUACAUCACUGGACAGUAUAUGCAAAUAUUUUGUAAAAGUGAAGCUGGAAAACCAGACUGUGCCCUCUGUUACAACUCUACGUGUUUUUAUUAAUUUGCUGACUGCAAUCUCUAUUUUAGCGGUAGAUUUUCCCAUAUUUCCAAGACGCUACGCAAAAACAGAAACCUAUGGGACAGGAGUCAUGGAUUUAGGAGUAGGAGGCUUUAUAUUUGGGAAUGCCUUAGUUUCCCCUGAAGCCAGAUUACAGAAUGGGGAGCCACGCUCUAAAUUGUCCACACUUAGAAAACAAUUGUUGUCUGUGUGGCCACUAAUUGUACUUGGAUUUGGAAGGCUGAUUAGUGUCAAGUCAAUAGACUAUCAUGAGCAUGUGUCAGAGUAUGGAAUCCACUGGAAUUUUUUUUUCACCCUAGCAAUAGUUAAAACGUUGGCAUCAUUGCUGUUGGCCUUCGUUCCGGCACAAAAAAGCUGGAUAGCAGCAACAAUUGUUGUUUUCUGUUACCAGUUUCUUCUGGAAAUGGUUGAUCUAAAGAAUUUUAUUUUACAUGGCAGUGAUAGAAAGGGAACACGUGUUGGUUUCUUGAAUGCUAACAGAGAAGGAUUAUUCUCUGCUGUUGGAUACUUAGCAAUUUAUAUGGCUGGGGUGCAGGUUGGCUUAUAUAUCCUUAAGAAAAGAACGCUUAUUAAAGAGUGGAUGAAACUUAUAUGCGACUUGAUGCUUACCUGCCUUCUCAUGUUUAUGGUUUUCUAUGUGGUCAACCUAUAUUUAGAACCUGCCUCUCGUAGAUUAGCAAACCUUACAUUUUGCGUCUGGAUUGUUACACAGUAUCUUUUUUGGUUGUGCUCAAUAAUAAUAUGUGACCUGAUAUUGGCAUUUGCACAGUACGUGGUCAUUGGAAGCAAAGUUCCAAGUACUUGGAAAUUAUGGAAGUCAUCAUACUUCAAUAAAAAGCAUGACUCAUCUCUUAAAGAUAGUAAACAAGAAAAUGUUUUCUGUUUAAUUGAUGCUGUAGGAAGAAAUCAGUUACUCUUCUUUUUACUAUCAAAUAUCAUGACUGGCCUAGUAAAUAUGAUGUUUGACACGAUUCACAGCAGUGGCGCCUUUUCUCUAACUGUACUUCUUUUAUACAUGUUUACAAACUGUAUCAUUAUAUAUUUUCUUCAUAUCAAGAAUGUCACUGUUAAGUGUUGGUAAGGGUGAAAUAAAGAUCUAUAUUAGGUUUUGAAAACCUGUGCAUAAAAAGGGAAGUCUCAUGGAAAAUAUUUUCUGUAAGCCUUAAAUACAGUACUGUAUACAGUUGGAACAUUGAAGAGAACUUGGUUAUAUUUAAUUUUGAUCAAAUUAAAUUCCCUUUUAAAGU